AUGGCCGGGUCUGCAUCAAUCACCGAGCCGGUCGGCGACGAAGGGAUGGCCGCCGGCGAUCCGAGAGGAGCUCCGUCGAUGCCGGGACGGUUCUUGAGCAGGGCGAGUGCAUCUGGCGGAGCCCCCUUCUUGUUCUUCUUUUUCUUGGAGGAGGAUGGUGAUCUUGACGCCGGGCUCCGUAAGAGGGAUGGUGACGCGCUGCUGCCGGCGGCCGGCACCCCGCCCGGCGGUGCGCGCUCGACGAUGGCCGUCAGGCUUGCCAUGAGCGCCUGACCAAAAUACGACCGGGAAGGCGUGCACCUAUUUUGGUGCUAUCGUUGUUGUUGUUGCGCAGUACAACGCUGAAGCCAGAGAGAUCGUUCUAUGGGCGGAUAAAUAUGUCCAAGUGUGAAGAAAAGUGGACGAUGGGGCACGAAAUGUUGCGUAUUUGAGUUUCCUUCGUACGGAUCGAAGAGCAUGAGAACACCUGAUGUUCCCCGUGAAAUAUUCUACCCGAAUGUGCGUGCUGGAUACUCGUGCAUGGUCACCCCCCACACCUGAAGCGUCGAUGGCGGUUUAGGCUCUUCCCACGUUGCGUCCUGGCCGGCCGGCACGGUGACUCUCUCGAAGGCCUCCCGCACCGUCAAUGUGGCGAAUUUUUUCACGGUGUCUGCCGCCAUCGCCCCGACAGCUGCCGCCGCCUUCGCUCUCAGCUUUUUCCCUGCCAUAUCUCUGUAUUUUCUUCGCCGGGGAAAUGGUCCCGUGCGCCGAAUGACCUGUUUUGGUUUGCCAAGAGAGAUUAUGAGAGCUCAAGCGGAGAAUCAUUCCAGAUGCCUCUCUCUCUCUCUCUCUCUCUCCCCAAUCUCUCUCUGCACACGUAGUAGGUAUCACGGCAGCCACGACUAAACAAAUAAUUCCCCACAGAGGCGGGAACAAGGAGCCCGCGGCCCCGGCAAGGGGGGGGCGAAUGUACAUGGUGCUGCUUUUCCCCUCUGUCUCACCCGGAGGUUGAACUGAGUGCUGUCGUCGUGGUCCAGCUCUAGCCUCCUGUCCUGCGCGAGCUCCUCGAGAACGUUCGGGGACACAUGCGCGCUGAGGAUUUGCUCGACGGUAGCCGUGCGUCCCAAGAAGAUCGUCACGCUCUUCCGCAGGCAGUGAGUCCAGAAACCGACACCGAGCACCUUGUUGCGAGAGAGAGGUUGUUGGUGUUACGACACGGCUAUGUGCGGCAACAAGCAAUAACUGAAGUAGCGAUAGAUAUCCGAGCUUUUCUGUUCAAGGACCGAGAAUUGAACGUGAUACCAAACAACCAUGAUACUCGGAACGUAGGUCGUUAUCCGGAGGAAGCGUUCUCCUCGUACUGUAUUCUUGUUGCUUGCGCGCUGCUUGAACGACUCGACGUGUGUUGAGACACUCAGUUGGUUGUUAUGGUAUUUGGAGGUAGACAUGUGAUCGUCGUUGGCCAUGGUUAUGUGGCACCGUCGGAUGCUAAGACGUGACGUCAUGCUAGAUCAGGGCUUUAUGCCGAGACAUGUGCCCUUCUGUUCAGUGUGCGUGCAGACGAUUCAUGAUGGUGUGUGCGUGGGAUAUUGUGAGUUGGCUUGGAAAGCGUUA